AUGGAGACAAAAAAAUUGGAAGACGCAAAUAAGUGUAAAUUGUGUAAGCAGUAUGUAGUGGACAUUAAUUUUUAUGAAAAAAUAAUUGAUAAUGCCUUAACUGAAGAAGAUGCUUUAAAUAGUGAUCAAUUUUGCAUUUAUGUUGACCAUGGAGAAAUCGAAAAUAAAGAAGUGCCUUCUGUUAAAUUGACUUCGUUUGUGAUGUAUGACAAAUAUAAUCAUUUAUGCCCUUUCGACACUGGUUUAUUAGAAAAAGGUGUUGAUCUAUUUUUUUCUGGAUAUAUUAAAACAAUUGAUGCUGAGGAUCCAUCAGUAAAUGAAGGAGUGUUAGUCCACAACGCAGGACCUAUUAAAGAAUGGUGGAUUUAUGGUUUUGAUGGAGGAGAAAAAUCUUUAAUAGGCUUAAGUACUAAUCGUGCUCUCUAUUAUCUUAUGGCACCUUCAAGUUUAUAUGAAAAUAUAUUUCAAAGUUUACAACUAAAGAAUAACCUAUCAAAAAUUGUUAUAGAAUUUUUACUGGACUUUGGCUAUCAAAAUCCAACUUUUGAAGACAUGAUUCAACACCUCAAAAACUUUAAUUUUCCAGAAAUUGAGGAGUUACUUUUUCGUGAGGCACAAUUCCUCUGUAACCAGAUUGUAAACUACGAUGAGCAACCAACUGACGAAGUCCCAAUGACAUCACUUUCAUGCAUACAAACUCUUAUAAAUCUGACUGGUAUUACUUUAACUGAAGAAAAGGCACAUAGCGUGAAGGGUAUUAAAAAACACAAUAUUUCAUUUCCAAAAGCUGUGAGUACAAAAUUAGUAAAGGAAAUAUUUGCAAAAUGUUUUCAUGACCAACUCGGUCAAUACCUGGUGGAAUCCUAUGAAUGUCAGGAUAGCACUGAGGAUGACGCUAAUAAAUUCAAAGAAAUGGAAAGUUCCUCUGUCUGUGCUAAAUCCGAAGAGAAUGAACAUCACAGUGAAAUAGGAAGUAAGCCCAUAAAGCAUAAAGAGUGUUCCAAGCUUAUCGUACAUAAUGUUGAGUGGUUAAAGAAGAGUUCAGUGAAAUAUAAUGGAAACCAGGGAUAUUCAUCAGCGACUGUUGAUGAUUUUGUAGUACAACAGGGGGAUUAUGUUAUGUUGCAAGCGGAAGAACCUAAUGAAUCCCUACGUAUUGCAAAAGUUUGUUAUAUGUAUGAUUCACCUACGGAUGGUGCCAUAUUUCACGCACACUUCUUCUGCAGAGGAACUGAAACUAUAUUAGGGCACGUUGCAAAUCCACGAGAAUUGUUUAUUGUUGAUGAUUGUGAUGACUGUCCGGUAGGAUGCAUAAUUCAAAAAGCUCAGGUAGAAUUCGUAAAGAGUCUCGAAAAUGGUGCUGAUUUAGGUAACAAUGUUAAGUUACGAUUAGAAUUACCAGAUAAUGAAAAAAAUUAUUUUUUCUCUAAAGUAUAUGACUAUGAGUUUAGUAGAUUUAGAGAUUAUGUAGAAGAUACAAGAGUAGAUGGUGAAUAUCCAUGUUUUUCCUGCAAAUGUCAGAAAGAAAUAAAAAGUACUGAAACACCUAUAUAUAAAGAUAAUUAUAUUAUAUGGAGAAAUGAUGAGUUUAAAGUUGGAACUGCUGUAUUUCUUGAGCCAGGACAAAAAAAAUAUCUACAUGAACCUAUUCUAAAGGAGGAAGAAAAUUUCAUCAAUGAUAAAUUACAUACAGAAUUGUACAGAAAAAGGUUGGAUUUAAAUAGGGGAUCCAAUUUAGAUACACCGGAACCUUUUACGAUUGGCCUAAUAGAAGACAUACGGAAGCAAAAGAAUGACAUUAAAAUAAAAGUAAGAAUGUUUUACAGACCUGAAGAUACAAGUCAAUCACAUUUUCUGGCUUAUGUCAGCGACAUAAAUUAUUUAUUUUGGACUAACCAUAUGAUGUGGACAACAUUUAAAUACGUAGCAGGAAAAUGUUAUAUAACAUAUACCAAAGAUAAAUACCUAGCUGAAAUAUGGAGUGCGGAAGGACCAUUUAGAUUUUAUUAUUCGAAAGCAUAUGAUCACAAAAAUUGUAAUAUAUACGAUGUUCCAUUCAGUGGACAGAAAGUAUGUUGUGAUUUAAUAAACACAGAAAAAAUGCGAAUAACACGAUCUAAACCUUUGCAAGCAAACAAUACUCAAAACAUUACUGAAAGUCCUCCACUGUGGCAACAAAUUAACCAACCUUUGAGGUGUAUGGAUAUAUAUGCUGGUUGCGGUGGUCUCUCCGAAGGAUUGCAUCAAUCUGGUGUAGCGAAAACAUUAUGGGCAAUAGAAAAAGAAACAGCACCUGCACAGGCUUAUCAGAUGAACAAUCCUUGUUGUCAAGUAUUUACAGACGAUUGUAACAACAUCUUAGAAGCUCUUCUAAACGGCAAAGCUAAGAACUUGAAUUACCCGGACAAAGGAGAUGUAGAUCUACUUGUUGGUGGUCCUCCAUGUCAAGGAUUUUCGGGAAUGAAUAGGUUCAGUAGUGGGCAGGAUUCCUAUUUCAAGAACUCGCAAAUUACUACAUAUCUCAGUUACUGCGAUUUUUAUAGGCCAAAAUAUAUUAUAUUUGAGAACGUAAGAAACUUUGUGUCAUUUAAGAAAAGUUUUAUCUUUAAAUUAACCCUGAAAUGUUUAUUGACUAUGGGAUAUCAAGUCUCCUUUGGAAUUUUACAAGCUGGAAAUUUUGGUAUACCACAAACAAGAAGGAGAUUUAUUUUGAUGGGUGCUGCGCCUGGUUACAUUCUUCCAAAUCUGCCAGAACCGCUACAUGUUUUCAGCAGAUCGGGAACAUGUUUGUCGAUACUUGUAGAUGGAUUGCGCUAUGAUACUGGGUCUUUUUGGUCUGAAUCUUUACCUUAUAGAACAGUGUGUGUAAGGGACGCCAUAGCUGACUUACCUGAUAUUGAAAAUGGCGCCGCAACAGCAGACAUAACUUAUGAUGAAGAAGCUCAAUCGUAUUUUCAGAAAUGCAUGAGGAAAAAUAAUGAAACUACGAUGGUUAAAGAUCACAUCUGUAAGGAAAUGUCACUAAUUGUAGAGGCGCGAAUAUCACAUAUUCCUACGUAUCCUGGAGCAGACUGGAGAGACUUGCCUAAUAUAAAUGUAAAACUGAAGAAUGGCUUCAUUGCUAAGGUUUUAAAAUAUCCUUAUAGAAAAAAUAAUCAAAACAAACUUGAUCCACCUAGAGGAGUUUGUAAAUGUGCCCUGGGAGAACAAUGCGAUCCAUCCGACAGGCAAUGUAACACAUUGAUUCCUUGGUUCCUUGUUCAUACAGCUGAUAGGCAUAAUAACUGGGUGGCAGUGUAUGGUCGUUUGGAGUGGGAUGGUUUUUUUGGUACGACAAUAACGAAUCCUGAACCGACAGGCACUCAGGGAAGAGUACUGCAUCCUGAUCAGAACAGAGUAGUAAGUGUCCGAGAAUGUGCUCGUUCACAAGGAUUUCCUGACGAUUAUAAAUUUUCUGGGAACAUUCUUGACAAGCACCGUCAAAUCGGUAAUGCGGUUCCACCUCCAUUAGCUCUGGCUCUAGGUAGAGAAAUUAUAAAAGCAUGUAAUGGUGGUGUUAAAAUUUAAAACUAUAUAACUUUUAUAAUAAUUAGGCAUAUUAUUUAUUUGAAAAAAAUGAAGUUUUCGUUGGAAU